AGAAGAUACACAUGUUUAAUGUACAUACACUCAGAGCGCUGGUAACCUACAUGUACAUGUAUAUUGAUAAACGAAAUCCACUACAGUUUAACAGUUUAAGUCUUUCAAAUUCGGAAAGAAGUUGGAAUACAUGUGGAAUAAAUAUCAGUUUUCCUUUGACCUUUUCGAUGGUCAUGGCCUGAACUAUAUCGCUAGCUUCAAAAGUGACGGUGACUAGGUCGUUGUACGCUGACGGAAGUGACGUUUACUCUAACGCAACACGAAACGUCACAUCAGCAUGGAGCUUCUUUUUGCGGUGGAAGCGUUCACGCAGGUCAUCACGUACCUGAUGAUCGUUGCUGGCGUGUCGCCAGUGCUAAGCAUGCUCCGAAGUGGCGACACCAGCGGAGUACCCUACCCUUUCUUUCUUGCUGGUCUUGUCAAUUCCGUGAUGUCUAUAGGCUACGGCUUACUAGCAGAUCACUCUACGAUUCUACAAAUCAACGUUAUUGCCACAGCGUUCAAUAUAUUUUACGUGGCAUCGUACAUUAUAGUCUCCAAACGAAAGUCCUCCGCAUUCGGACAGUUCAUAUCAUGUUGUCUGGUUGUUGCGUGUGUUUACUUCUACGUGACGCGUGUAGCACGUGCAGAGACCCGGAUGGACCAUAUUGGAGUCAUACUGCUCACGUGGUGUACCGUCCUCCAAAUUACACCAUUGCUGGAUGUUAAAGAGUGUAUGGCCCGCCAGUCCGCAGGAAGUUUGUCGCUCGUGAUGAUGUUUGCCGGCACGCUAUGUUGCAGCUGUUGGUUCCUGUAUGGUUUCCUGCUGAAAGACUUCUACAUAUACGCACCUAACGUUGUUGGCGUGUUUUCAUACGGUUGUCAGAUGACGGCAAUUGCGGUUUACGGCAGGCAGCCUAUCAAGACACGGAUAGACUAACUACUGGCAAAACUCGCUAUGUCGAAGUCAUUUGGACCUCGGGGAAUACUUCGAGAUAACGAACAUUCGAUGUAACCGAAAUACGAAACGUGUACAACUAAUCCCAACAUAUCCGAAAAAAGCUCGACAUAACCAGAACAUCGAGAUAUCGAUGUAGCAAGUUUCCAUUGUUGUAUUUUUAAAAUGUUUUCAACGUACUCAGGUUAUCAUUCAUCAAGUUGGCAUUGUUGAUUUAUGGUGCUUACAUGUUUUUAACUUAUCAGUUUAAAGGGGCUAGACACCAGAAUAUACAAUUGCAAGAAAAAAAUAAUUUGACAUACACUUACAUACAAUUUAUAUCGUUGUGUAUAACGCCUUUGAUCUUGCUAACUGAUGUAUCACAUCGUUUUAGACAAAUUUAUUUUUUCGCAGUUUUUGCGUAUUUUUCCUUUUCAAAAUCUUGUUGUUUGCAUACGCCGUAAGUCCCAGUAAGUUUAUGUGUCGGUAUGUUUCAUCACUCAUUACGUGACUUUCACAUGCUAAAUAUACACACUUCACUGCUUCCUAAAAGGACGAACAGUGCAAGGAAGCGGAAAACUGCUGCAAAACAACAUAGACACGGAGCCCGACAGAUUAACAUCGGCGAUGAAAUUGAUUGAAAGAAAUAAACGCUGCUGAAAUUGACAGCGAGUUGGCUUAAACGCUUAUUGACAGGUUGUUGUGUGAAACGAUCACGUGACUUGCAAUGUGUUCGGAAAUAAAAAAAAUCCGAGCUUUUUAAACGGGGAAGCCAUUCCGCGCUGUUUUUAAACGGGGAAAAUCAGCUGUGACUGCGUGUGGGCCGACACGAUUGAUGCGUUUAUUCUUGAAAUCAUGUAUAAUGGUGUAUUACCGGCCACAUACUAGCUCGUAAUGACAGUUCUAGGCUUGUUUUGGAAAUAAUGUAUUUGCCGAUUUUUUGGACCAUCGGGUCUAGUCUCCGUGAGAAAUCAAAAUGGUCCCUUUUUUCCAGAAAGGUCAUUUGUUAUAUUGUUUUG